AUGGUUUUACUGAAAGGGUUGUUAUUUUUUUCUUAUUUGAUAGUUUUAACAGCUAGUGCAACUGUUAAAGUUCCAGCAGCAGCAUCAUGGCCAAACUUUGCUUCAAAAUCUGCUUAUGCAAGAGCUCUUGGACCACCAAUGUCAGGAAUGGAUACUAUAUCAGUGCCUUACAUGCCAAAGUCUCCUUUUUUCCCCAAAUUUGUUGAUCCUAAAAUGAUGAUUUCAAAGAAAACAGAUAUGCUGAGCAAUUUAUUUGGCAGUAUGGGACCUACUUAUCCUAUGGGUUUUAAGCCAUUUAUGCCAUAUGGAAGUGGAUCAUCUUUGUAUAGCACAGCUGAUGAAGCACAGCUAUUGAACAGUUUAAGUAAAAGUGAAUUGAAUGAUGGCACUGGUCCUUACAAACGUGGAAUUUAUGGACCCUUUGGUUCCAAACCUUUUGGUCCCAUGAGCUCUAAGUUUGGACCUAUGUCUCAAUUCUCAAGUGUAAACACUAUACCUGAUUAUAGUAUGAAGGACGAAUAUUCCCGCAAAAGAAGGAGUAUAGAUGAUUCUUCUAUAAUAAAACUUCGAUCAAUUAUGGAUACCAAGCCAGAAACAAAGAAUUUGGGACCUCCACCUCCUUAUCCCACUCUUGCUCCAAUUUCUGAAGAACCAGAAGAAGAUGUAAAUGUGUUGCUUAAAAAAUUGAGUGAUCCAACAGCACCAAAACAAUAUUUACCAGGAAUGUUUGGACCACUUGGACCAUUUGGACCAUAUGGACCAGCUGGACCUAUGAUGGACCCAUCCAUGUUCAUGACAAAGAAAUCUGCAUUCUUGGAUACUUUGUUUAAAAAUCUCGCUACCACUACUCCGUCGCCAACAUCAACAGAUGCUCCAACAACAAAAAGUACUAUUGUACCACCAAAUUUUUGGUUACCAUCGUCUGUAAUUCCUGAUCCAAGUGAAUACACUAACAAAGUAGGAGAUUUCUUGGAUAAGUUGUUUGAUACUUUAAAAUUGAACAAAACCAUGGCAGUAAGUGAUGAUGACAGUAUGAAUGCUAAAAAUGACUUGGUAAGAUCUGUUAAACCUGAUGGAGAUAAUGCACAAGCAAAAAUUGCUAGAUCCGUUGACGAUCUAUCAUCAAUUAAUGCCGCUAAGGAUACAAUUGUUGAUAGUAUAUUGUCUGAGUUGGGUGAUUUAAAAAGCAACAUGGUUACGACAAUGAACGAUUUAGUUUCCUAUCAACAAUCCGUAUCAAUGCCGCCAAAGAAGCCUUUUAAACCUUUUGCUCCUGGUAUGUGGCCAAAACCAACUGCUGGUGGAAUGAUUCCUUUCCAGCAAAAAAUGGCAGUACUCAGUCAAGUAUUCGACAUGUUGACGGAUUUACAAAAAAAUAUUACUCUAGCAAUUGAAAAUGUGAUAAAAGCUAAAAUGGGAUCUACUAGUACUUCUGAAGGAGCAUUUAACGUUAAUUAUCCAAUGGCUAAUGAUAUUUUCUCUACUACCAAUGGUAUUCCUAUUAAUACAAGCCUUGCAGAUGCUAUUAAAUAUAAGUUGGAUAUGUUGGAUUAUGGAAUGCCCUUUUCUUAUGACCCAAGUUUUGGAAAGUUUGGGCCAAAAAUAGCUCGAACAGUACCAAAAACUCCAGCAUCAUUUUGGGUCUCUUAUCCUGAAGAUACAGUGAAUAUAAAACGAGCAGUUGACAGUGGUUCUGAAUCUUUAAUGAACGGAGAAAAUUUCGAUCAAAAGCAAGAAGCUCGUUCAGUUAAGAUGCAAAUGCAUCAAGGAUAUCAGAGUUUGCCAGCUGGUUCUGUAGAAUCUAUACAGGCAGGUGGAGGAUCAAUGCCUGGACACCAAGGUGGAGGAAUUAAGUUACUUAUACAAAUGCCUGUAUUGCCUAAUAUGCAAGAUACCAGCAAUUAUGAGGACAUUGAUAAGUGGAUCAAUUGGAUGGAAUAUCUGAAAAACGACUAUCAAGGACACAGGCAUCACAAUCACCAUUAA